AUGCAAACCUUGUUGCAUCUUGGCCUCGCUCUUGCACUGCUUGCAGCACAAUACGCCCAUGGAACUGCGGUUCCGGGUUCAGAGUGCCGAAGGCGGUGCGGCGGUGUUGACAUACCGUACCCAUUCGGUAUUGAUCCGGGCUGCUCGUUCGGAGAAGACUUUGACAUCAACUGCAAGGUCCAAGAUGGCAUCAGGAAGCCAUUUAAGUACACCUUAGAGGUUCUCAGCAUCUCCUUGACUAAAAGCACGGCCCGGGUGUUGAAUAACAUCAUGGGGUACUGCUACAACAACUCCACCGCGAACAUGGAGGAAUUCGGCAAUUCCAUGGAUACCAGCAAAAUCAGUCGUUCUCCUUCGUUUCCCUAUCGGCUCUCUGACGUAGACAACAAGUUCACGGUCAUCGGCUGCAAUGCCCUUGCCUCCAUGAGCGACGCCGAGGACACAGGCAUAGGCACAGGCACAGGCACAGGCUACCAAGCCCUCGGCAUCGCAACAUGUCACGGUCUGCCAGACUUAGUGGACGGAUCCUGCUCCGGUAUCGGGUGCUCCCAGACUACGAUACCCAAGAAGAUUCCCUACUACUAUACAAGUUUCCUCAAGUCGGUCAACACAAGUCAGAUCUGGGAGUUCAACUGGUGUAGCUAUGCUGUGUUGAUGGAGACAGCUGAAUUCAAAUUUAGAGCUUCGUACAUAAGAAAUACUGAGUUCAAUGACACAUAUCAUGGGCGGGUGCCUCUAGUGGUUGAUUGGGCUAUAAGAGAUGUGAGUUCAUGUGAUGACGCCCAACGAAAUAGCACAGGUACUUACGCAUGUGUAAGCAGCAACAGCAAGUGUGUGAAUUCCAACAAUGAUCGUGGGUACACAUGCAAUUGUGUCCAUGGGUAUGAAGGCAACCCUUAUCUUCCACACGGAUGCAAAGAUGUCAACGAAUGCGACCACAAUCCAUGUCCUCCGAACGGCAUUUGCCACAAUAUCGUUGGAGGACACCGGUGUUCUUGCCGAUGUGGGAAAGAAUUUGACGACAAAAGCAAUACGUGCAACCUAGACGUUGGCUUUAUAAUAGGAGUUACAAUGGGAUUAUUUGGCUUAGUGGUUAUCAUCAUGGCAACUAUUUUCUCAAGACAAACGAUAAGUCAAAAAAGGAGACUAAGUAAAGUAAAGCAGGAGUAUUUUCACCAGCAUGGAGGCUUGAUUUUGUUGGAUAGGAUGAGAUCGGAGAAAGGUCUUGCUUUCACGGUAUUUUCAGAAGUUGAACUUGUGCAUGCUACUAACAACUUUGACAAUAGUAGAAUACUUGGAAGAGGGGGCCAUGGAACGGUUUAUAAAGGGAUAGUGAAGGACAACAUGCAGGUUGCAAUUAAAAGAUGUGCACUAGGUGACGAAAGGCAAAAGAAAGAAUUUGGAAAAGAGAUCCUCAUUUUGUCCCAAAUCAAUCACAAGAAUAUAGUGAAACUCUUGGGUUGUUGCCUUGAGGUUGAAAUUCCAAUUCUAGUCUACGAGUUUGUCCUAAAUGGCACAUUAUUCGAGCUUAUCCAUGGCAAGAAGCACAAAAUGAAAAUAUCCUUCGGCACUCUCUUAAGAAUUGCUCAUGAAGCAGCCGAAGGACUCAACUUCCUGCAUUCCUACGCGUCUCCCCCAAUAAUUCAUGGUGAUGUGAAAACUUCCAACAUCUUGAUUGAUGGUAACUAUAUGGCCAAAGUGUCAGACUUCGGAACCUCCAUAUUAGCUCCAUCUAAUAAAGAGCAGUUUGUCACAAUGGUUCAAGGUACUUGUGGUUACCUUGAUCCUGAAUACAUGCAAACAUGCCAGUUGACAGAUAAAAGCGAUGUGUAUAGCUUCGGAGUUGUCCUUUUAGAGAUCCUCACGGGCCAAUUACCACUGAAGCUCGAGGGCUCUGAGAAGCAAAGAAGCUUGGCACUGAUUUUUCUGUCUGCGAUGAAGGAGAAUAAUCUAGAUGAUGUAUUGUUGAGCCACGUGAAAGUCCAAGAGAGCAUGGAGUUGCUAGCAGGACUUGCAGAGCUGGCUAAGAAAUGCCUAGAUAUGUGUGGCGACAAGAGGCCAUCCAUGAAAGAGGUCGCCGAUGAGCUCAACAGAUUGAGGAAACUUUCAUUGCAUCCUUGGAUACAAAUCAACAUGGAGAUGGAAGUAGAAAGCCUUCUUGGUGGAGAAUCAGUUUGUGGCCAUGAAAUAGAAUUAAGCGGGUAUCCUACAGGAGAAAAUAAGAACCAAACCAUAAACCCAAUAAGUUCUUAUUAUACUAUAAGUGGGUAA